GCAGCCCGGGCAUGGUGGACUGAGACCGGCCGCGGCAGAGGGCUUCCCUGGGCUCCCGCGAGGUCCCGCUCUCGGCCCCUUCCCCGGCCCGGGUCGGAGCUUUUCCCGCUUCCCGUCUUUCUUUCUGUCCCUAUGGAGCAGCUACCCCCGCCGCCCGACCAUGCCUAGGAAAGCGGGGAAUGGGCAGCUUCCCUUACCUGAUGGCUGGGAGGAGGCGAGGGAUUACGACGGCAAAGUCUUCUACAUCGACCACAACACGAAGCAGACCAGCUGGAUCGACCCCCGGGACAGGUUAACAAAGCCCUUGUCAUUUGCGGAUUGUGUUGGGGAUGAAUUGCCAUGGGGAUGGGAAGCCACAUAUGAUCCUCAGAUUGGUGUAUACUACAUUGAUCAUAUAAACCAAACAACACAAAUAGAAGAUCCCAGGAAACAAUGGCGGCAAGAACAAGAGAGAAUGUUAAAAGAUUAUCUUACAAUAGCCCAGGAUGCUCUCAGUACCCAGAAGGAACUGUACCAGGUGAAAGAACAGAGACUAGCACUAGCACUGGAUGAGUACAUUCGGUUGGAUGGUGCCUACAAAGAAAAAUCAAGCUCUCGUACAAGCUUGUUUUCAGGCUCUUCAUCAAGCACAAAGUAUGACCCUGACAUUCUGAAGGCUGAAAUCUCCACGACAAGAUUAAGGGUUAAGAAGCUGAAGAGAGAACUCUCUCAGAUGAAGCAAGAGCUGCUGUACAAGGAGCAGGGCUUUGAAACACUGCAACAAAUUGACCAAAAAAUGUGUGGAGGCCAGAGUGGGUAUGAACUGUGUGAGGCCAAAGCCAUCCUGAAGGAACUGAAGUCCAUCAGAAAGGCAAUCAGUUCAGGCGAGAAAGAAAAACAAGAUUUAAUGAAGAGUCUUGCAAAGCUGAGGGAAAAAUUUAAUGUUGACCAAACCACUGAAACAUCUGAACCAGACUUGAGUUCCAGCUCUGUAAACUCCCAGUUGUGUUUUCCUAGACAAACUCUGGAUACAGGGUCUCAGACUGACAUUUCUGGUGAGAUUGGGGCAAGAAGUAGAUCGAAUUUAGCAGAGAAGGUCAGGCUCAGUCUGCAGUACGAAGAGGCCAAGCGAAGCAUGGCUAAUUUGAAGAUUGAACUUUCUAAGCUAGAUGGUGAAGCCUGGCCUGGAGCACUGGAUGUGGAAAAGGAAAAACUGAUGUUAAUCAAUGAAAAAGAAGAGCUUUUAAAGGAGCUUCAGUUUAUUACACCACGAAAACGUACUCAGGAUGAGCUAGAGCAGCUAGAAGCAGAAAGGAAGAGGCUUGAGGAAGAGCUGGUGUCUGUGAAAAGCACACCCAGUCAAGCACUUGCUGAAAGAUUAAAAUUGGAGGAGAGAAGAAAAGAGUUGGUACAGAAACUUGAAGAAACUACAAAGUUAACUACCUAUUUGCAUUCACAACUUAGGAGCCUCUCAGCUAGUACAUUAUCUGUGUCCUCAGGGAGCAGUUUGGGAUCUCUGGCAUCCAGCCGGGGGUCUCUGAACACAUCAAGCAGAGGGUCGCUAAACUCACUCAGCUCCACGGAUCUCUACUAUAACCAAGGCGAUCAAAUUACAGAUUUGGACUAUCAGUACAAACUUGAUUUCAUACUGCAAGAAAAAACUGGUUACAUUCCUUCAGGGCCUAUCACUACUAUUCAUGAAAAUGAAGUGGUCAGUUCCCAUGGGAGACUUGGUUACAGUGAUUCUCCAGCUGCAGACCAUCCCAAAUUGACUGAACCUCCCAAAUCUGUGACAUCACUGUCUUCCAGAUCCUCACUCUCCUCCUUGUCCCCCCCAGGCUCCCCUUUAGUUUUAGAAGCUGCAUUUUCAGCGUCACCUCAAAAUUCCCCUCUGCAUCACUUCACUACGGACUUUGAAGACUCUGACAUUUCAGGUGAUUUUGCAGGCAUUAGCUUCUGCGAGAACCAAAUAUUAUUGGACUCUGAAGCCAGAGCAGGAUCUCAGAUUCCUACAGAUGAUAAAGAGCUAAACAUAAGGCAGCCUCUGCCUUCUCUACAUGAAGGAAGUUCAGGUGGUGAUUUACAAAGAAGAACAGCUGGUCAUCUACUUGAGGAGAAAACAGCUUGUGUAUCUGCUGCUGUGUCUGAUGAGUCUGUAGCUGGAGAUAGUGGUGUAUAUGAAGCUUCUGUGAAACAACCAAAUGAAACUGAGGACAUUGUAAAUAGUGAAGAUGAUGCAACAACUCUGGAGGCUGCUCAGGUACAAAUAGGACUCAGAUAUGACCACAGCAAUUCAAGUUUCGUGAUAAUCAUAGUACGGCUUAGAAACCUUCCCGCGUUUUCUGUCUCCCUUGGCUCUAAGGUGUAUAUUAGAGUAGCAGUCCUUCCAUCCUCCACUGAUAUCAGCUGUCUGUUCCGCACUAAAGUUCAUCCUGCCAUGGAAACCAUUUUAUUCAACGAGAUUUUCAGAGUAGCCAUUUCUCAAGUAACACUGCUACAGAAGACACUGAGAGUAGAUGUUUGUGCUGUCAGUAAAAGUCGUCGGGAAGAAUGCUUGGCUGGGACUCAGAUCAGCCUGGCAGAUUUAUCACUUUCUGGUGAGACCUGUACUCUGUGGUACAACCUGUUACCUUGCAAGCAGAGUCCUGGCAAAAAACCUAAGGAGUGCAAUGAUGAAUACAUGUUUCUGUUAAGCAAGCAAUCCCAGUCACUGGACUCACUGGACUUGGAUGCUGUAUCAGCUUUGCUGGAGAGGACAUCUGCUGAGCUGGAAGCAGUAGAACAAGAGCUGGCUGAAGAUGAGGAGAAGGAACAAGAGCAAAGGGCCUCUGAGGAUGACUGGCUAGAGAUGCUUGCAGAAGCCUCUGAUGAAAUUGUGGAUGAAGAGGAAGAUGGCAUUAAGCUGGAAGUAGCAGGUGACUGUAACGAUGAUAUGGGGCUACUCAUGGAUACACCUGAAAUGAAUGAAGACAAGAACAGAGAGAACAGUGAUGAGGCACAGGAAAGCCAGCAAGCUGCUGUAAUUCUAACACUGGUAGAUAAAGAGACUAACACUGAGGAAUCAGUUAACAAGAACACAACAGUCCGACCCAAGGACAGAGCCAGCUGGAGCUCCAGACAGCGUCCCUUUGUCAGGAACAGCAUGAUAGUGCGCUCCCAAACCUUCUCUCCAGGCGAGCGGAACCAAUACAUCUGCAGGUUGAAUCGCAGCGACAGCGACAGCUCCACGCUAGCCAAGAAGUCUCUUUUUGUGAGGAACGCCACAGAACGACGGAGCCUGAGAGUUAAACGGCCUGUUUGCCAGCCGAUCAUGCGAAGAGCUGCGCAAGAGUGCCCCGUGCGCACUUCCCUGGACUUGGAGCUGGACCUCCAGGUGUCACGCACAAGGCAGAAUCGUCUGAACGAUGAGCUCCAGGCCUUGCGGGACCUCAAACAAAAGCUUGAGGAAAUGAAAGGCAGAGGAGAGGCAGACCUUCCUCUGUGUGUGCUAGAGGAUGAACGUUUCCAGAAACUCUUGAAACAAGCUGAAAAACAGGCUGAACAGUCAAAAGAAGACCAGAAACAAUGUUUAAGUGCUGAGAAAUUGAUGAGGAAAGCUUCUAAGGAUGUGUGCCGGCUACGGGAGCAGAGCCAGAAAGUGCCACUGCAGGUGCAGUCAUUCAGGGAGAAGAUAGCAUACUUCACAAGAGCAAAGAUCAGUAUACCAGCCCUUCCAGCUGAUGAUGUAUAAUUAUGCAUUUUCAUUGAAGUGUUUUUCCACUUGUUCAUCUCUUUUCAGAUGAGCUUUGUAGUUCCAGUGAUGUGCUUUCAAAGAUCUUCUAUUUUACAUUCACUAUUGAUAUGUUUAUUUGUAAAAUAUAGUGAACUGAAUUGUUGUAAGCUUAAAAAAUGGCAAAAAAACCCAACAAACAGAAAACCAAAGUAGAUUAAUUUUGGUAUACUGAUUUUGUACAGUUUGUGUGUAUCGCAUCUGUGUUUUUAUUUUGUAAAGAUGGAACAAAGGAACAAAGGCAGUACUAAGCAUGUAUCCUGUUGAACUGCACUGUGUUGAGAAAAAUUAUGUUCAACAGACAAUUGCUUAUCUUUUCACUAUUUUCAUGUGAGCAGACUGUGAAAAUGGCUGUUUUGCCAUGCAAUACUUUUGUACAAGAGUGUAACUUGUAUAUUUUAAAGUUAACCACAAGCGUAAGCUCCUUUCCAAAACAUCCGGGCUGCCUCACAACAGCUGCUGACUAGAUUCAUCACCCAUAAUGUAAUUUUGUUUCUGAAAAUAAAUUUCUUCUGGUUUUGUUUUUUAAUACUUUGUAGGAAGACACAGAGUUCAGAGUUUAGUUUUGUGAAUGUACAGUACUUUAACCUGCACUAAAAGGUUUCUUGCAUCUGCAGGAGAGUGAGAAAGGCAAGGCAGACAAGUAACCCUAAAAAACUUACUUUGAGACUACCAAAAGGGGCAGCUGCUUUCUGAGAACAGGAUGAAUCAAAUUCAUAAUACCAACAUUGAAACUGAAAUAGCCAUACCCACUGUGCUCUUAUAAGAGAGUGUUUUUCUCUGUUAAUAAUUUGUCCUAGGGAGCUGUCUGAUUGCCAGCUAGGAAUACAUGAAGGAUGUGCUAGGUUUACAGAUCUAAAGAUGCUUCAUUGAAGUAGUUAUACCGGAAAAAAAUCUCUCACAAGUUAACUUAGAUAUCAGAAGUCCUGUUGGUAAGAUAAACCCUUCCUGAAAAAGAAGCUCCUUAUUAGAAGUCUGCACAAACAUAACAAUUUUUAAAAUAUACGAUUGGCCCUGUAUGCGGUUGGGGAUGUACAGGUUUAAUGAAUAGAUGUGAACAGCUUGUUUCAAAUAUGUCUUGCAUGCUUCUUCCUAGCAGGCUGCUUCAUCAGAAAGCAACCAAGUUCAGAACAUUGAAUGUAGGUUUCAAGCAGUCCUGUCUUGAUAAAGUAGCUGGGGUCAUCUUCUGUGGGUACAGUGUAAGUAGGUGGAAGUUGCAGAGAACAGAAAUAUUUCAUUUUCUACUUAGUAUGUUGCACUCAGAUGUAUUUCAUUCACUGGCUACAGUUUUAUUCCCCAAGCAACAAGCCACAGUGCAUGGACUUCAUUUUUCAAAUAUGCUAUAAUUACUUGGGAGCAAAUGGAAACAAUAGGACCACAAUAAGGUAGCAGCUGUCUUAGAUUCAAAGUGACAGUUCUGUAAUGACAGGUCUGUGUAACACCCAAGAGUUUUCUU